CCCGGCAGGCUCAAGCACACACACAUCACGUCAAGGAAGAUGACGGAGAGGCAGCGUUUGCAUUCAACAUGUUUACAGUGGACACUGAUGAGGGACCACCUAUGCCCUACUAUGCAACAGUGACUGUUGAAGGACAAGACAUUAAGUUUGAGGUUGAUUCUGGGGCUACAGCAUCGGUCAUCAGUGAGGAGACCUACAGGAGGACAUGGGGACAUAAGCCACCUCCUAUUAAGCCUUCGAAUCUCAAACUAAGGACAUACACAGGUCAGGCCAUACCUCAUUUGGGGGUGUUACAUGUGAACAUUUCAGUAGGAAGUCAGAGGGCUGAAGGCAGACUAGUCAUAGCUAAAGGUAGUGGGCCUAGUCUUUUGGGCCGUGACUGGCUACGCAAAAUUAAGCUAAAUUGGCAUGAGAUCAAGUAUGCACACACAACAGAGGACAUUCUGCACCGAUACAGUGAUGUGUUCAGAGAUGAACUGGGCACACUAAAGGGAGUCACUGUGAAGCUCCAUGUAGAUCCUGAUGCAGCGCCACGUUUCUUCAAGCCCAGAGUGGUGCCCUAUGCGAUGAAAAGCAAAGUGGAGGAGGAGCUGGAGCGCUUACAGGCGCUGGGCAUCAUUGAGCCUGUCCAGUUUUCAAGGUGGGCAGCACCUAUCGUUCCCGUGUUGAAGCCUGAUGGAACCACAAGGAUCUGUGGUGACUAUAAAGUUACUGUGAAUCAAGUCUCAAAGCUGGAGGAGUACCCGUUGCCACGGGUGGAUGACCUGUUCGCAACACUGGCUGGAGGUAAACUGUUCUCAAAGCUUGAUAUGAGCCACGGUUACCAGCAGCUACUUCUUGAUGAGAAAUCAAAAGAAUUCGUCACAAUAAAUACACACAAAGGAUUAUUCAAGUACAAUCGCCUAGUGUUUGGAGUAGCGUCUAGUCCCGCUAUUUUUCAAAGGACAAUGGACACUCUAUUGCAAGGGAUUCUUCAUGUAGCCGCAUAUUUAGACGACAUUUUAAUAACGGGGGCUACUGAGGCUAUGCACAUUGAAAACCUAGAGCAGGUACUAAAGAGACUCUCAGAUGCAGGGCUGCGUCUGAAACGUGGAAAGUGUGUGUUUGUGGCACCAAGUGUGACGUAUCUGGGACAUACAAUCACAGCAGAGGGUCUUCGCCCAGUGGAGGACAAAGUGAGGGCUAUCAAGGACGCCCCAAGCCCAAAGAAUGUCACAGAACUCCGCUCGUUUCUAGGCACGGUGAAUUACUAUGGGAAGUUCCUGCAGGAUCUAUCAAAAGUGUUAGCACCUCUGUACAAGCUGCUGCACAAUGACACAAAGUGGCAGUGGGGUGCGGGGCAGGAGAAAGCGUUUAAGGAGGUGAAAGAGCUCCUUCAUUCAGCAAAACUGUUAGUUCACUAUGAUCCCGAUAAAGACAUUGUUCUCUCAUGUGACGCGUCGCCUUAUGGGGUGGGGGCGGUCCUCUCGCAUGUUAUGGAAGACGGCUCAGAGAAACCUGUUGGAUUCGCCUCACGGACGCUGACGGCUGCAGAGAAAGGUUAUUCACAGUUGGACAAAGAAGGUCUUGCUAUUGUUUUUGCAGUAAAGCGUUUUCAUCAGUAUUUAUAUGGACGUGUUUUCAAAAUCCACACUGACCAUAAACCACUGAUGAGUCUGUUCAGUGAAACACGCUGCAUUCCGCCGCUAGCGUCAGCCAGAAUCCAACGGUGGGCACUAAUCUUGUCAGCCUACCAGUACACAAUAGUAUACAGAGCUGGAAAAGACAACGCAAACGCUGAUGCGUUGAGUCGCCUGCCAUUGCCGGAGGCGCCUGUCUCAACAUACGUACCUCCAGAGACUGUCUUUUCAUUAGAGAAAUUGUCAGAGACACCUGUUAAGGCAGCCCAGGUCAAGCAGUGGACAGAGAGAGACCCAGUGCUGUCCAAAGUAAAGACUUACCUGUUGCAGGGCUGGCCCAGUGUGGUUGUCAGUGAGGAACUGAAACCAUAUGCCAAACGCAAGACAGAAUUCAGCCUGCAGGAUGGCUGCAUAUUCUGGGGUUCGAGGGUAGUUGUACCUCCCCCGGGACGCUCACACAUCGUGGAAGAACUACAUGAGACCCAUCCAGGAGUGUCACGAAUGAAGAGCCUGGCGAGAUCCUACGUCUGGUGGCCAAGAAUGGAUUUAGACCUGGAGAACAAGGUAAAGGCAUGUACACAAUGUCAGUCAAAUCAACACAUGUCGCCACCAGCCCCUUUGCAGUCAUGGGAGUGGCCAGACCACCCCUGGUCAAGGCUACAUCUGGACUUUGCUGGUCCGUUCAUGGGGCAGAUGUUCCUCAUAAUAGUGGAUGCGCACUCCAAGUGGAUAGACGCUCACAUCAUGAACAACAUAACAGCCCCCUUAACUAUAGACAAGCUCAGACAAGUGUUCGCAAUCCACGGGUUGCCAGAUGCAGUAGUCACAGAUAAUGGUCCGACGUUUACCAGUGAGCUGUUUGGUGAGUUUAUGGAACAGAAUGGCAUCCGACACAUUCGUACAGCUCCUUUCCACCCAGCCUCGAAUGGAUUGGCAGAGAGAGCUGUCCAGACAGUGAAGGAGGGUCUAAAAAGGAUGAAAGGUGACUCUCUUAGCACCAGACUUUCACGUUUCCUGUUUAAAUAUCGCCUUACACCGCAAACCACUACUGCACGUACUCCAGCAGAGAUGUUGAUGGGACGUAGGCCUAAGUCAAAGUUGGACCUGCUGCGCCCAGACACUAAGGCUACUGUGCUGAGAAAGCAGGAAAGACAGAAGGAAGGUCACGAUCAACAUGCACGACAGAGACAGCUGAAACCAGGUGACGUUAAGAAUUUCAGCAAUAACUCUAAUCAGCAAUGGCUGCCGGGGGUUAUCUUGACACAAAGAGGUCCUCUCUCCUACGUCGUAGAACUGACUGAUGGACGAGUGUUCCGCAGACAUCAGGACCACGUACGCCUGCGUCAUGAUACAGGCCCAUAGGUCAGUAGCACCUCAGAGUUCCCCUUGGUGAGUCAGACUACUGGGGAAGCUUCACCAGAGGAAAAGUCACUUGAAGAAAUGUCUGUGCCCCCGGGAGAGGAUGGACAAUUGAUCAC